AUGACUGUUCCUCCUCCGUCUCGCCGCACCGCACAACCUGCGGUGCUAAUCCAGUCGAUCAACGCUUCCACUGCUCACCGAAUCUGUCGCGAUUUGGCUGCCUGCAACCGUGUUGGCAAUCGCGGUUUUUAUUCUGUGAACAAGGUCACCCGCGGGAUAAUCCCCGCGGGCCGUGUUCCCUUGUCGCGUCUUCUCUUCGAAUUACUCCGCUGCCCUCGUAUAGCUAUCGAACCCUUUGCCCUUGCCCUUCCCGGAUUCGACAUUCCUUUCUCCUUCGUUCGUGAUCGAGCACACAGAGCCCCUUCCUGCUUCUUCGGCACUCCUUCUCUUCCGGGUAAGGGCACAUUCCUUCGCCAGCUUGGCAAUCCCUUUGUUUGUGCAGGUGACGAGUCCUUGUGCGGUCCUUGGAAAGACACCAAAUUCCACAGAUCUGUGAUCCAUGGAGAAGCCGGAUCAAGCAGCUGUCGAUCCUCUCAUUCCUCCUCCCCCCCCCCCCCCCCCCCGCCGCCGCUUCGGCGGCGGUGCUUUCCUUUCCUCUUUGAAGGCAGUAUCCAAACUUCCAUCUGCCGCUGCGGCUGCUCCUCACUGAUCUAUCCCUCCUCCCUUCUCUCCGCCGCAGCAGCUUUAUUCCUCGUCGGCGCGGCCUUUUUUCUCCUCUGGCCCUCCGAUCCCCAUCUUAGCGUCGCUCGCGUCAGCAUUGAUCGCGUCCACGUUUCCCUCCACCCUUCAGUCUCAAUGUCCAUAGAUCUCCACCUCCGGAUCAGCAUUCGCAACCCGGACUUCUUCUCGCUGGACUAUGAUGCCCUAGACGUUGCUAUUGGUUACCGCGGGCAGCGGCUUGGGUCGGUUCUGGCGGCUGGGGGACACGUGAGGGCGCGCGGGGCGUCUUAUGUGGAUGCUGAGCUCCAGCUCGAUGGGAUCGAGGUGCUGCAUGAUAUAUUUUACUUGGUUGAAGAUCUUGCCAGACGAUCGAUCCCUUUUGAUACUGUUACAGAGAUCAGGGGGCUUCUGCACUUUCUAUUCCUUGACAUCCCUAUUAAGGGAGGACUUUCUUGUUUAGUAAUUGUAAACCCAACAAACCAUACUGUCACCAGACAUGAUUGCCACAUCCAGUUUAGCCAUAAUUUCUCACUGCAAACAUUAAAACAAAACUGUUUCUUCCACUUGCCAACAAUCCUCUCUUUUCUAGUGAAGGUAAAGUAGAUACAGGAAGUCUUUAUGAAAGAGUUCUUUUCACCUGCUCAGAGGUAACUACAAGACUUUAGACAUUAGAUGUUUAGCUUGUAGAUUAUACAACAUC